AUGGGGAUCUUAAAGGUGAAGGGCCAGAAAUACGAGGAUGGAGAUGAGGGAGUUGAUGGUUGGGCCAUCUCCUUGAAAGCAAUGAUGAACGUUGUAGUGCUGAUGGGGCUUACGAUCUGUGGUCUUUAUUGGUGGGUGAAAGAAGGUACUGGGAAGCUUAAGUUGAGAAACCGAAGAUGGGGACAAUGGAAAGCACAAAGUUCUUACAUCAGAGAUCUUGCCACUUUGGUGGUUGCUUAUGGUAUUAGUAUCAACCUGGUUGAGGUAACAUGGAAAUCAAAGCUCAAGGCUCAGUUUCCAAGCCCAAACGAGUACUCUUCAUUCAUGGGUGACUUCUCAACUGCGACUGGGAUAGUGACUUUCAUAGUGAUAAUAUUUUUUAGCAAGAGUGCAAAGUACAGCUUGUUUGAUACCUGCAAAGAAAUGGCCUAUAUUCCUUUAGAUGAGGAAACAAAGGAAAAAUACAAUGAGGUUAAAGGCAAAGCUGCCAUCGAUGUUGUUUGCAACCCCCUUGGGAAAUCAGGAGGUGCUCUGAUCCAACAGUUCAUGAUCCUAACUUUCGGGUCACUUGCAAACUCAACCCCUUACCUUGGUGGGAUACUACUAGUGAUUCUUCUUGCCUGGCUAGCGGUAGCCAAGUCGUUGGAUACCCAGUUCACUACUUUGCGUGAGGAGGAAGAACUCGAGAAGGAGAUGGAAAGAGCAGCCCUCAAGAUCCCAGUUUUGGCUGAAAAUGAAGGCGGGAAUGGUUCUCUUUUGAUUGGGGGGCCAGCAUUGAAUCCAACAGGAGGCAUAUUAGCUGUUGUUGACGGUGAGGAUGCCACUCCAAAGAGCAAACUCCCGCUGGCACGCAGAGUUCUGGCCGCGGAAGGGCAAGCUUUAAUGCCCCUUGAGUUUGAUUUGGAGGAAAGUGCAUGUAUGAAUGGUUGCGGGCACAUUUUUUGUGGAACUUUGUCCACACAUCUGGGUGACUGGGUCCACAAUGCUCUUUACACCCCAUUUGCCUAUAAACACAAGUAG